CUGGGACCGAGUUUUGCAGGAUCAGUGGGCGGGGUUAAAUCUGUGCUAGAUUGAAGGCGCAUCUGCAUGGCGGCUGUCGAUUUUAGAAUUGAUAUGAAAUAAAAUACGAGUCUGGAUUAUCGCCGGGAUCGUCCAGUCGUGUCUGUGCGGGAGGACCAUGCUCGAAAGUGAACACCAGGCUGCCUGAGGCCAUCCGCAUACAUCGUCUCCUGCAGAGGUUUGUUAACACACAGGAGUGACUCGACAGUGCAGCAUGGAGCAGGUGGAGCAGUCAGGGUCAGAGAGCCCCCAACCAUCAUCCAUACAGUCAGACACAUCUACAGCUCCAGCAGAGGAAGGGAGCAGUGGAACCAGCACUCGCAGGAAGCGCAGGAAGAGAGAGCCACGGCCCGAUUCCAUCAUCGUGUACCGUUCUGACACUGAGAGGACUGACGGUGAUGAGCGAAGUGGAGAUGUGGAAGUCGCAGAGAGAAGCUUAGAGGAAGGGGCUAAAUUUCUCGCCACUCCAACUGGGGAAGGAGGUUGGAAUAUACCCCCCGACAGCCGCUAUGUGACAUUAACCGGUACCAUCACACGCGGGAAAAAGAAAGGUCAGAUGGUGGACAUUCACGUCACACUGACUGAGAAGGAGCUCCGUGAAAUGGCUAAGUCCAAAGAGCGUCUGGAUGCUGAGUGUGAAGCAGCAGCAGGAGCAAAGCGCUCAUGUAGUUUUGGCUUAGAUCAGGGACCUCACGUGGUGCUGUGGAGUCUCUCGUGUGCUCCCGUCAUCUUCCUGCUUUCCUUCAUCACCUCUUUUUACUACGGCACGCUCACCUGGUAUAACGUGUUCCUGGUGUACAACGAGGAGCGGACGUUCUGGCACAAAAUCAUAGUGUGCCCCUUUCUCAUCAUUUCCUACCCGCUGAUCAUCAUGGCUGUGUCGUUGUCUUUAGCGCUGUACUCGGCGGUGGUGCAGGUGUCCUGGGUGUUCAGUGAGUGGUGGUUCUCGGUUAGGGAUCUAGAAAAAGGAUUCUGUGGCUGGGCCUGUGGGAAACUGGGCCUGGAGGACUGCUCUCCAUACAGCAUUGUAGAAUUACUCGACUCGGACACAAUCUCCGGGAGCCUACAGGGGAAAGGUCCGGGUGAGAGUGUGCAGACUUCCUCUGUGUGAGAGCUGGACUCUGCUGAAUGUCCUCUGGGUGUCUUAGAGGAAAAUCUACUCCUGGAACAACAUUCAACUUGACCAAUCACUGCUAUCUGAUGUCAUUAGUUUGCACUGAAUGCUGAAUCUGUCAGCUUCCUGAUAGCAAGGUAGCUCUGAAACAACUCAGAAAAUGAUGCAAAUUUGUUUAGUUAUUGAAAUGUUUGAAACACUGACUCUAUUAUUUUGCAGUCAACCUUUGAAUCCCAAAAGAGCAGUAGUUCGUAAACUACUGGCAAGUAUAUUGAGUCCUCUUUUAAUAGAACUUAUGAAAUUGGUGUAUUUUCAUUAUUUUUUAAUAAAUUAUGUUAUUAUGUAAUUUCUAAAGUACUCGGCUAGCAUUAGAGGCCUGGAUGGGCUUGAAUUCUUAGUUAGUUAGUUACAGAUUCACCUGGCUAACAUUAAUGACAGAUUUACUUAGCUAACAUUAGUUGGAGAUACCGUUGUCUAACAUUAGUGACCGAUUCACUUAGCUAACAUUAGUUAGAGUUGCAGGUGGAUAACAUUAGUUAAAAAUUUACCUGGCCAAAAAUAGUGACUGAUUCACUUAGCUAACAUUAGUUACAAGUGCAGGUGGCUAACAUUAGUUAAAAAUUUACCUGGCCAAAAACAGUGACCGAUUCAUUUAGCUAAAAUUAGUUACAGAUUCACCUGGGUAGCAUUAGCUACAGAUACACUUGGCUAGCAUUAGUUACAGAUACACUUGGCUAACAUUAGCUACAGAGUCACCUGACUAACAUUAGCUACAGAUUCACAGCUAACCUUAGUUACAGUUAGAAACUAGUGUGAAUCCUCUAAUGAACAACAUUUCAAAGUUUUUUAACAAAUGGUCUAUGAAGCUGACUGGAGAUAAUUCUGUAGGUCUGUUUUAGUCCCAUUCCUUUGGGGGGAAAAAAGGAUAAAAGCUGUUACUGAAGAUGACUGAAUGAGCAUAAGCCUCACACAGCACUGCACUGUGCCCAGUUCAUUACCAUAUUAUUCAAUGCUAAUGUUAAUCGGAAUACAAACUGCCCACUCCUGCGUCCAACAAAAAUCCCACUGAUGAUAUUAGAUGGCUGGUGACUGGUCAAAAUGAUGUUGGUCUAGUAAAACAUGCCCUACUUGAAGAAGUAAUGUUCACUGCGUGCAUCUGUGCUGGUAGAUUAGUCCUCAUUGUAUUGAUGGAGUGUGAUUACAUACAGUAUAGGGGUCUUAUUAUUGCUUGUGUAAUGUAGCUAUGUCAGUAUACACCACGUAAAAACCCAAGGCUUACAAAUGAGGUAAUAAGCUUCUUGUUGAAUCCUUAUUCAAGAUUCUUUGGCAUUUGUUUUAUUUUAUUUUUUCCCACAGGUAAUUUUCCUUUUUUUUAUUCAUAUAUUUAUGCUAUUUAUUUUAACUCUAUUUAUUUGAACAAAUUGUGUCUGGAUAAUUAGCAGUUGUUGCCAGAUCUUUUACUACAGUUGAAACUACAAUUGAAAAAUAAAGAAAAAUAUGUUUAAAUUAAAGUCCUAUUUUCCAUUAAAGCCCUCUGCUGUACAGCUCAUCACCUUUAUAAAGCAUAUGUUAAAUACUGGUGAUAAUGUAUUUUAAUUUUUUUUUUGUUGUUUUGCACAAAUUGGUUUUCCUAGUGCAAAAAUAAUGUGUUUUUUUGCCUUUUUAAAUGAUAAAAACACUGAAGGUAUGAGUUACACCUACUGUUAUUAAGUAUUUCACUAAUGUAUCACAGGACAAAUGCUGGUAUUUAUUGUAAUCAGUUUUCUUGUUACACACUGAUAAUUGUGCAUGUGUUCCAAGUAUUCAAUAUGAAACAAAAUGAAAUAAAAUUCAUACC